AUGGGGCGGAAAGGAACAACAGCGAUGCAGAUGAUAGAGCGUAAGAAACCACGAGCAACAAUGUUCAAGAAAAGAUUUGCUUCUCUGAAGAAAAAGGGCCACGAAUUAUCAACUCUUUGUGAUGUUAAACUGUGUCUCAUCAGUUUCCUCCCAAUGGAGAAUGAUAAGGGCGAAAUUAAUGAAACUGUUAGCAUUUGGCCUGAUCAAGAUCAUCAUCAAGCCAUUCAUGGCCUCAUUCAAUCCUACAACAAGGUCAGAGACGAUGAUAGCAAGUGCAAGGCUUACGAUCUUUCUUUCUAUUUAAAGGAUCGGAUCGCGAAAGUCCGUGGAAAUCUUGCUAAACUACGCCAGGAAUGUCGUACCAACAAGCAUCCGAUAUGUAAACAAAUGUACGAGGAUCUCUCGCGUGAAGAUGUGAGCAAACUCGCCGGCUUUCUGAAUGUUAAACUCGAGGCUACAAGGAAGCGAGUUCAGUUCAUGAGGGAUGAUAUUCGGACUCUUUCCACAGGAACAAGUCUUAAUGCGAUGAUGAAUCCGAACAAUCCGUACCAUGUGAGUCAAAGUAGGAUGGAGGUUGGAUAUCCAAACUCAAAUGCUGCGCAAGGUUAUCAAAACUCGAAUUGCGUCGUCCCAAUGGAGAUUCCACAAUGGCUGCCGCAACAGCAAGCAGUUUUCAGUCAAUAUCCUCCUCCGUUAAUGGAAGGUGGCGACGCUUGCAGGAGAGGUAAUAUGGACUUUCAUGGCGAGUUUCCUGCUGAGUAUAUUUUGUACCCUAUACCUCUACAAGCUGCUGUCACAGGUGAUAAUGGUGUCGGAACAGAGGCAAUGCAGACGGAACCAGAUGACUAUUUUAGCAGACUUUUAUCAUCUGGACUCCGAAGCUCCAAUGGGGAUGACGGGUUGGUCAGAGAGGGAUACUUCCAGUUUCAAUGA